CAUGACCUUGUCACCGGCGCGCCGGUCGGUGUGUUCAACAACAAAAAGGAAGUCAAUUAAAUCAUCGUUGAAGGUGAAAUGUGGAACACUUUAACCAUACAACCAUACUGAAUACCAUUGUUAUUCAUCCAUGGUUAUUAUAGACUCUGCACACUGUGUCUGGUUGUCUGCAUUUAAAUAGUGAACUGAAGGUAUACACUCAAAGUAGCCCUGGCGGCCCUACACUUUCGUUUUGCACUACAGAGAAAGAGUCCUAUAGGGCUACAGUCAAAGAUACUUUGGUACACUUCUAUUGCGUUGCGACUAAUGGGACUUCGGGCUAAUUUAACUCCUGUAGGUAGGCAAAACCUCAAGUGUCUGUUGUUGUCCUGCUCAGCUCAGAAAGCAGUGUAGGUCGUCACUGUAUGCUGCUCUUAUUCAGUAAAGAGGUCCCACCCUAUGCUGCACUGAAUCCUCUGUGUUUUCUUCUUUGCCGAUUUUAUGCAGGCCCACCUGAGUUAAACCUGCUGACCUCUCCAACCCUUGACAAUGGCUGGGUCCGUUUCUCAGCAUCGUGUUUUCUGUUGGUCGACUCCGCGUUCGCUGUCGACAGCUUUCAUGAAGUGCCUCAGCACCAUAGAGGGCUCGGUUGCAUGGAUGGAACCUUACGGCACUGCUGAACACUUCGGUCCAGACGGUCUCCUGAAACCGCCAGACGAGGUGCCCCCAGAGGUAGACUACACUCACGCAUGGGUCAAAAACAAGUUGGAGGAGGACUUUCAAGGUCAUCAAUCAGUCAUCAUAAAGGACUUAGCAUACGCCGUCAUGGGGAGGCUUCAGUACCUCCCAAAGGGCUACCGUCACUCGUUCCUGAUCCGACAGCCCAUGAAGUCAUUCAUGUCUUACUACCGACUGUUCAAGAAAAUGUCCGGCGAUGAGGGGGACGCAAGCCUCCGGGGAUGGUUGCCUCAGAAAGGGUUCAGCUACGGUGAGCUGGCAGAGAUGGCAGACUACGUAGAGAAAGACCUGGGCCAACAGCUCGUGAUUAUAGACGCAGACGACAUCUUAAACCACCCAGCUACCAUGCUGCAGAAGUAUUGCUCCGCACUAGGACUGCCUUUCUCCGAAUCCAUCUUAACUUGGGAGCCAGGAAUGCCGAGCAACUGGAUCGUGCCGAAGUCAGUUAGAGAGGCCGAGGAGGAAUUUCACUGGAUGAGCACUGUACUUGAAAGUCGAUGCUUCAACAAGGGUCAUCAAACACCCAGCAACGAGUCAAUAAAGGAGACACCUGAAAUAGUGAAGGAAAUGGUGGCCGUGGCUCAGCCCUUUUACGACAAACUGUACGCAAGACGCAUUCUUCCAUCUUAAAGUUUUUUCCUCUAUGCUCUUAAAGGCCCGGCUAGCUCGAUAACGAGAACGAAAACGCCGAACGUAAACGAAAACGUUAACAUACACGCCCCCGAUUGGUGGAAUAAGCGUGCGCGUAUUCUGCGCGGAGCAAUUCAACCAGUAUAAUGCGUUCCUCUUUACGUCGUUAUCGUUUUCGCUAUCAUCACACGACGAAAACGAUAACGUGAAAGUCUGUACCUUAAGGGAACUGACAUCUUUGGCAAUAAUGUUUUUCGAUGAAACAUGGAUUUGUGCGGUAUGAUUUAAUUUAAAGUAGACCUUAAUAAUUGUUCCACGGACCUCUUAACAUUAUGCCGACUGCCGAGGAAAAUGAGAGCAAAGUAAAUAUCACUAUUGUCAACACUUUCAAUAUCAUUGAAUUAACAAGCAGAACAAUAAAGGUCCGGCCACGCAGGCCCCGAUAACGAGAACGAAAACGAGAACGAAAACAAAAACAAAAAAACGUUUGAUUC